AUGCACCCUCGUAUAGAAGAACCCUCAGAGCCCUCCAUACUGGUUGCCGAACGCCGGAUCUACCUUCACGUCGCACGAUUCAAGCGCGCGGCACGGAGCAUAGGAGGCCCUGAUGCAAGCACCGUCGACACCGCACAGCAAGGCAGUACCGGACGUGUCACCGGCAGCCCGCGAGGUAAGGACCUGCGCAAUUCCUGGGGUAAUUAG